CAGAGCCAUAAAAGUGACUGAAAAACCAGCGGAUAAAUACAAUUAAAAAGCGUAAAGCUCAGCAUGUCCAGGCGCAAACUCGGCAGCAGACCACAACACCUGAGCGUCAUCCAAGAUGCCCCAGAGGCCAAUGUGACCCCCAGCUCCUCCCCCUCUCCUGACCAUGCAGGUCUGCCCACAGCCGGAGGUAGUGACCUGUUGACCUGUGGCCAGUGUGGCCAGGCUUUCCCCUUGGCCCACAUUCUCACCUUCAUCCAGCACAAACAGGGAGGAUGCAGCAGUGUCAGGGCGGGUCCAGUAAGCCACACCCCUCAGUCUCCAGCCAAUCACACACUCCGACGCAGCCCAGGUGCGCAGGUGGAGGCGGGCUACGUGGAGCUGAGGAGGGUGACGGACAGGCGGUGGGAGGAAGAGCCAGGUGUGAAGGCGGAGGCUAAUCGCGCAGAUGAGCCAUCCAGUUUCACCUGCCUGGUAUGUGAAUGUGUGUUGCCCACCGCAUGGGCUCUCCUCCAGCAUGCCCAGCACACGCACUCCCUGAACCUCUAUCAAGUGGAGAGCAGUCAUGGCCUGGAGAUCUCAAAACCAGCGGCCACAAUGGAUAUUCGUCACUUGGGUGCCACUCUGGCCUCUGCCUUCAACUCCACCACAAAACGUUUACCUCGUUCUAAUCAGCCUCCCCGCCCCCAUCAGCCCUCUGCCCCUUCUCCGGCGGGGCGGGACCUGCAGGGCCUGAACUUCUCCUUGUGUCUACAGCGGCUGGCGGAGGUCAGCUGCAGCAAUGGAGGGGUCGUUCCCUCCCCGUCACCAUCUCCCCCGGCAGCUUCACCUUUCCCUCAUUCCACACCCUCUCUCCUGGGGACCUACUCCUGCGAGGUUUGUGGCCAAAGCUUCCAGUCUAUCCGCAGCCUGUCCGCUCACCGCCGGACGCAUGCCUGUGAGAGGCCCUACCACUGCGGCAUGUGCCAGCUCACUUUCUCACAGAGCGGCGAACUGGCGCGCCAUAUGAGGAGCCACCGGCGGGCCCCCACCAUGGAUGAGAUCGAAAACGGGCAGACCUCGUUAUCCCAGCAGGCGCCUGGAGAUGGUUCCACUGCUAGUUUGGGGAAUCACGGGGCUGAGCUCGAUCUCAGCAAGCACCCCGCAGCAGGUACAGGCUUAAUGCUGCUGUCCUCUCAGUCUGGAGCCGCUGGCCGUGGCUUGGCGAGGUUCUACCAGCCUCAGGUGGAAGCCGGACAGGAAGAGGAAGUGCAGGGUGAGCCCCAGCAGCCUUCGCCUUAUUCUAGUCCGUCUGAGGGCUCCCUGGAGAGCGGAGAGACCGGCGGCAGCGGAGAGAGCGGCAUUGCCAGCGGCAACUGCACCCCAAAACGGCCAGAACGAGAGAAUGAGAGAGAAGCAGAGGCAGAAGCUGUAGACAUAGUCCAGGAGUGGCAGCAGGACAACGAGAGAAGGCAAGUCAGCAGUGGAGCAGGCCGAAAGAAAAGAGAAGAAGCUUGCGAGUUUUGUGGAAAGAGGUUUCGCAACAGUAGCAACCUGACGGUGCACCGGAGGAGCCACACUGGAGAAAGGCCAUACCGGUGCGGCCUUUGCAGCUACGCCUGCGCCCAGAGCAGCAAGCUCACUCGCCACAUGAAAACACAUGGUGCCCGUGGCUCCAGAGCGCCUUUCCAGUGCCAGCUAUGCUCCGUGCCCUUCACUGUGUAUGCCACGCUGGAGAAGCACUUGAAGAAAGCACACGGAGUUAACCAGGCCACUGCUGGGGUUUACAGCCACAGUCCUCCAGUUAGCUACACCGUCAAACUGGAAGACGAUCCUGCCAGCAAUCACUCAGAAGCUCCAGUCCAAGGCGUCACAGAGACAAACGUGGACAUGUAUGAGAAUCUGAAAGAGGAAGACUCCGAAAUGAGGGUUGACAGUGCUGCAUCACCCACUCCUGAGGACUCCAGUGGAAAGGCAGAUUUGAGCCUGGCUCCAAACACUGCCUGAGCUAAGACAAACCUCCAUAAGGCCACUUGGAUCUGAUACCUGGCAAUCAAUAUCUGAGCUCCACCAGACUGAAAAAAGAUAGGGGCCAUGCUAAAUGAUCAAAUAUUCUAUAUUUGAAUGAAAAACCAAGUGCCUGCACAUCAACUACUGUGAUCAUUCUUGUAUAGAUUUGAGGACUGAGACUGAAGUCAGUGAUUUUAUGACUCAUGUUACAGUUCUGCUGUGGGACUGUGAAGGCUUAUGAGCCUGAGGACAUGGGACAGAGUCACACGACCGUUCAUAGAGACGGGCGUGGAUGCCAGGCAACCAUCCUGGAACAUCAUCUACUAGGGAUGAACAGGAGCACCUGCAACAGAUGUGAUUCUUGGCGGUAUUCAGGAUGAGAUUCUACCUGAAAAGGGGGAGAUCUUCUGUUUAAUCUGUCGCUCUACAUGAGACCCAUCAGAGGUCCAUCAUUUGUAAAGAGUUCUUUAGUUAUUCUUGAGUUGUUGGAAGAAAUUAUACAGAUAGUAAAGGAGUGCAUGGAUAUCUGUAAUACUUCCUUUCUUCAAAAUCUCUCACAGGGUUGUACGACUAUGAAUUUUUGAGAUUAUACUCUGAACGGGACUUUCUUUUUUUUUUAACCUAGAGAUAGGCUUAACUUGUGUCCUCAACAGAGGACCUGAAUUUUGUGCGCAUUUUGAUACUGUUUAUAAACAAUACACAGUGUGGGUAUGUGGCAGUGAACAUUAAAGGGGAAAUCCACAAUUUUUUUUUUUUUUCAAAAUUUCUGCAUAAUUCAGUUGUUGAGAUGUAAACAAACUCAUUCAGAGUGGAUUUAUGGGAAAUGGUUCAUUGUAAAGAAAGUUUACAGUGGUGGUGAUAGGAACCAGGGGUCGCAAUGUCUAGAACCCAAAUAUAGUAUAAUAUAUAAUGUUUUAUUUACUAUCCAAAAUAACCAGCACACCUACUGUCUGAGUUUUUAUGUGUAAUGUUGAGGGUAAAAUGGUGGCAUAUCUGAAAAAACAAUCUUGGGGACUAAAAAAUCUACCUCAAAUGGAUUUAAAAAAAAAAAAACAAAAAGAUGUUUUAGGCCAAAGCUCUGCCUAUUCAUAAACAAUAAAUAUACUGACUUUGUGUGAGGGAGCUUUUAAAGGCAUUAAAGACAUCUGGUUCCUAUUACCACCACUGUGAAUAGUUUUGACUCCUAAGUUUCUCUAAAAUGGAGCAUUUCUUGUCAAAUAACUCUGAAUGAUUUUGUUUACAUAUUAACAGUUUAAUUAGGCAGAAAAAAUGAAAUAAAGUGGAAUUCCACUUUAAUAAUCUUAACACAAUCUUCUGUGCUCACAGAGCUGCAUGUCUUAGAUUUUUGUACAUUUUGUAUUUUUAGCCUGCACUUAUACAUCUUUUGUCCAUUGUAACCAGUUCAUUUUGUCACAUGCUGUAAUGUUUGAUUGUUUUUCUAGCAGCUAAGCUCCUAUGCAUAAAACUGAACUCUGUAAUUAAAAAGAAACGGGUGUUUGCUUUCUGUUAUGUAUAUACUCCACAGGACUCGCUGUGCUGUUUACAGAUUAUUCUCUUUACAGGUUGCCUGAGCACAUAUGCAUGUCAUGAAACGUUCCGUUCUUUUUGGCCUGCGUUGAGUCGGUUCUCGAGGGUACUGCAUGUUUUGUGGUCGUGUAAAUGAAAAGCCUUCCUUCAGACGAAAAACUGGGUGGGGAGUGACAGCACUGACCUGUUGAUUGGUAGACCUACCGUGUGAGCACUUGAGAGUUGUGUGCGUCUGUGUGAGUGUGUGCGAGCUGAGGUUUGUCUGGUUACAUGUUCACACAAAAAAAGUUUGCUUUGUAAUUUUAUUUUCUAUGACUAUUAAUGUCUGUAAUCUUUCAGGGAACUGUUGUACUACUGUUUCUUUUGGAUAAGAAUAUAGUUCUGAGUCUGUAUGAAUAGACAAAUGUGAAAAGCUGUCGGGCACAUGGUGUCCAUUUCUUCAGGGACCAGCACACUGUAUAUAGCCCCCACUUCUCCCUAACCACAAUGGAUUUUGUUGUCGUCCUAAUCGCUUUGGAGUUCACUUAUAACUGUUAUGUAUAUGUUUUUUUUUUCCCAGCAUUCCCUGUGAAGCUUAUGCCUCUACUGUUCUGUAAACUUGCCAUAAUUUUGUUAUUUCUAUGCUUGUGCAGAUGUUAAUUAAAAUACUGAAACAAAGUCAGGAGCGUCCGUGUGCGCCUCUGUGUGUGUGUGUGUGUG